AUGGCUUCCUCUCCAUCAUCUUUCUGCACCUUAAACCAUGCUUUUAGUUGCCAUAAACCCAUCAGAUACCCAAAAAUAAGAUGCCAAAGGUUUAGUGACAAUGGGAAGCGAGCAAACAAUGUUGAUGCCAACCUGAGAAUCCUAAGGGAAAGAAUUGAUCAAGUGAGAAAGAGAGAGAGAUUGAUAAAUACACUUGGAUGGAAUUACAAGCAUGGUUAUGACCAAAAGUAUAAGAGAGAUUCUAUGAUAUCAGAAUCUGCUGAGAUUAUAGGUUUGUCAUGUGGUGCAAUUGGCCUUUAG